AACCUGUUAGACUUGUCUGUAGGUAGGUUUGGACGUUGGUUUGUAGUAUUGCUGAGCAGAGGGAGAGGACAGAGCUGUAAGGAAUCGCUUUUUAAUAACGAAAAGUAGGAGAGGAGAUUUAAGUUAGUAAGCAUACCGUGUUGUCAUUGUUGCAAUGGCAUUUAGUGAUUUCACAUCAAGAACAGUUUUAUUUUAUGAUGAAUGGAUUAAAGAUGCAGAUCCCAGAGUGGAAGACUGGCUCCUCAUGUCCUCUCCCCUGCCACAGACCAUUGUCAUUGGUGCCUACCUCUAUUUUGUUGUAUCUCUUGGACCAAAGCUUAUGGAAAACAGAAAACCAUUCGAUCUCAAACAAAUUAUGGUAGUGUACAAUUUUGGCAUAGUAAUCUUCUCAGUAUACAUGGCCUAUGAAUUUCUGAUGUCGGGAUGGGCAACUGGAUAUUCAUAUCGAUGUGACCUUGUUGAUUACUCCAGAUCACCUCAAGCGCUGAGAAUGGCCUGGACAUGUUGGCUUUAUUACUUCUCAAAAUUCAUUGAACUGUUGGAUACUAUUUUUUUUGUGCUUCGAAAAAAGAAUAGUCAAAUAACAUUUCUGCAUGUCUUGCACCAUACUAUUAUGCCAUGGACCUGGUGGUUUGGAGUGAAGUUUGCAGCAGGUGGCCUGGGGACAUUUCAUGCACUAAUAAACUGUGGUGUUCAUGUCUUCAUGUACUCAUACUAUGGAAUGUCGGCGAUGGGACCUGCAUAUCAAAAAUACUUGUGGUGGAAAAAAUACAUGACUUCAGUUCAGCUUAUUCAGUUUGUUACAAUCACUGUUCAUAUAGGGCAGUUCUUUUUUAUGGAAGAUUGUCCUUACCAGUUCCCAGUCUUCCUCUAUGUUAUUUGGCUUUAUGGUUUCAUCUUCUUGGUGCUUUUCCUUAAUUUCUGGUAUCGUGCAUAUACUAAGGGAGAACGACUACCGAAGGCUACAUUAAAUGGAAUAUCCAAGAACAAGCAUCACUGAAGGCAGAUGUCCGAGGAUAUUUAACAUUUUUGCAGAUGGCAAUCUUCAAAAACUAAUUAGAAAAUCAGUAAAUAGUGUACAUUUUGUAACUUUUCAUAUUUUUAUUGUAAAUUAUUCCAUUUUGUAAAAUUAGACUACUGAUGCCAAAGAGUUACUGUGCGCAUCCAUAACUGGGCAUCUGCAGUGUUUUCUGCUUUUACUGUUGGGCAUUAAGGAUUUAAAAAAAAAAAAAAAGCUAACACCACAAGAUUUUAGAACUAGAUAGCCAUUUCAUUAGACAUCAAAUUGCACUGAAUCAGUCUUUGUGUCAUUAUACUGUUAGUACUGGCAGUGAAAGAUGUUGCAUUAGAACACAGUGUGUGCCUAUAGAAUUUAAUGGUUGAAUGAGAAAUGUUAUUGUAUUGUGAAGUUUACCAGAAAGUGAAUUGUAUACCUGAAUGUUCUGGGCACUUCUUUUUAAUGACCUGCCUGUCUAGCUCACCUGUCGAGUCGCACGACAUUAGUUCUUUUGAUACCAGUAUGAAUUUGCUGCUGAAACAGAUGAGGUGGUGAUAAAGCACAGGGACAGAUAAUAUUGCAGCAAAUGUGCCACACAAAUGUAACAUGCACCUGAAGAGUUCAGUUCCUGUAUCAUUUGCAGGUUUUUAGUGAAUGACUGUCUUUGUAGACACGAUGCUGUGUAUGUUAACUUACACCAUUCACAUUCAUUCUGCAUAUCGUGCUUUGAUUUACUAGAUUCUCUUUACUUUGUGCCAUAAUAAAGCUGGACACUUGCAGAAACCUGUUA